AUGGUCCUCAUAGAUAUUCGGAAGUUGUUACAAUCAAUGCAGAAGGACAUAAAGAUGUACCCACUUCCUGAUAUCGAUGACACAUAUGAUCCAUCUGGCGAUAUUCCUAGGGAGAUUUUUGAGGAGGCCAGCGUUGAGGCAAGCAUUGAUAACAUGGCACUAUCAAAGACCCUUAACGAGGAGCAGCAGGCAGCCUAUAAUGAGCUUAUGUUUGCUAUUGAUAGCGAUGAUGGGGGUUUGUUCUUUGUGGAUGCACCUGGUGGCACCGGAAAGACUUAUCUAUAUAGGGCUCUGCUUGCUACUAUACGUAGUCAGAACAAGAUUGCCGUGGCAACAGCAACAUCUAGUGUUGCUACAUCAAUAAUGCCCGGUGGCAGAACCGCCCACUCAUGCUUCGAGAUUCCCCUCACCCUUGAUGAUGGGGCAUUUUGCACCUUCACAAAACAGAGUGGUACUGCUAAGCUGCUUCGGACUGCAUCCCUUAUUAUUUGGGAUGAAGUGACGAUGAUGAAGCGGCAAGGUGUCGAGGAGCUAGACAACAGUCUUCGUGAUAUCAUGGACCGUCCUAACCUGCCAUUUAGGGGGAAGACUAUGGUGUUUGGUGGAUAUUUCAGGCAAGUUCUUCCAGUUGUUCGAAGAGGGUCUAGGACUCAAAUAGUUGGUGCAUCACUACGGAUGUCAUACCUUUGGAAUUCCAUGCGACAUCUCAAAUUGGUGCGAAACAUGAGGGCAAAGAACGAUCCAUGGUUUGCAGAAUACUUGCUACGCAUUGGGGGGCUCUGA